GGAGGGGGGGGGGGGAAGCGAAACAAUCUGACUUUGUCUUUUCUCUCUCUUUCUCUCUCUUUCUCUCUCUCAGGGGAGCUAAAGAAAGUGGUGGGAGAGAAGAUGCCGAGGCCAGGGCCACGACCGUACGAAUGCAUCAGAAGAGCUUGGCAUAGUGACAGACACCAACCCAUGAGGGGUUUGCUCAUCCAAGAGAUUUUCAGGAUUGUUUGUGAGAUUCACAGCCAAUCCACCAAGAAGAACAACGAAUGGCAAGAGAAGCUCCCUGUUGUUGUCCUGAGAGCUGAAGAAAUCAUGUACUCCAAAGCCAAUUCUGAGGCUGAGUAUAUGGACAUGAAUACCCUUUUAGACCGUACCAACGACGCCAUUAACACCAUAAUCAGACUCGACGAGACCACUGAAACAGGGGAGUUUAUUCAGCCUUGUAUUGAAGCUGCGUUACACUUGGGUUGCACGCCAAGGAGAGCUUCAAGAAGCCAACGGAACAUAAACCCUAGAUGCUACCUUAGCCAAGACUCGACUAACUUGGACAACGUUUUGUCGCGGCAAUACCAAGUCUUCAUGAAACCGAACAACAACAACUUUGGUCCAAGGAAUCUUCCGGUUAUGACUUUUCGCAGCAGCGACGUUCAAGAGAAGCGUGUCGUCGAGAGAUGCCCUGACUCCAAGUACUCAACCUACCCUUUAUGUUAUUCCUUCCCCGUUCCUUCUUUGCCAAGCUCUAACAAUUUCGGUGACUCGUGCAAGUCCAACAAGAGCAGCAGACCUGAUGCAACAAAUGGGAUUACCUUUGGUGGGUGUGAUCUGUCUCUGCGCUUAGGACCUCUUGGAGAUAUCACAACUCCUAGUCAAAAACGGAGUAAGAUAAGCAGCUGUUCCUACAACAACAACCAAAGCUGAAAACUGAGAGUAAGAUAACGAGUCUUGUAUUAGAGGAUGUUUCUUAAUUAGUUUAGCUAUUUUAGUUCCUCUAGUUUUCUUUAGAUAUGUAAAUGGAGUAAGAGAGAGAGAGUAGUAGUAGUAGUCUUCGUCUUCUUUUUGCUAGUUCAUUAAUCUUUGUAUCAUCAAACUUCAUGUACUUUUUAUUUUAAUGAGAAAUCGACCAAAAAAACACUGAACUU